CAAGAAGUUGAAAGAAAAAGAAUAAUUGCCAGUGGAAUGCGUUUUACAUCAGCUGAAAGUAUCAGGAAAGAAAUUGAAGAGAGUAAAAGAUUUGACCGCCCUGAUAGAUAAAAAAUUAUGAACAUAAAUAAUUCUAGUAGUACACAAAAGGUCACAAGCAAGUAUUUUUCCAGUAAUUCUGGUAUGGACGAAAGUUUAUCAGAUUUUCAAGUGAAGAAACAAUUUGCUGCGCCUAAAAAUUCAAACUCAAAACUAAAAACUAAAAAGCCUUUGAAAAAGCCACGAGGACAAAAGGAUAUAAGAACUGCAUUGAAAUCCAAAAAAAGUGAACUAGUAACUUAUUCAGAAGAUUUUGACAGUGUGUGCAAGCAAUCUGGGAUAGAUGUAGACUCAGAACAGUUACAGUUAGCUAUAGCCUUAUCCAAAUCUAUUCAGCCGUCUACUUGCGAUUCCCAAAAUUCGCAACUGAGUUCACAAGAGAGAACAGCAAGAAUCCGGUCAACAUUACAGGAAUACGGGUUCACAGUGCCAGAAAUAAAAAUUUCAAAUACCAAUAGAAAAGUAAAAAGAUUCAAGAAGAACUUCAAAUUGCUCUUAGUUUCUGAUUCAGAAAAAGAACAGAAUAUUGCAAAUAAAUAUUCUCAGGUAUUGUUACAAAAUAUCAGUCAGCCUCUUUCUCCAACAAAGAAAACUGAAUGUAAUAGUUCUGAUUCAAAACUUUUUCAUCUAACAACAAAUGUAUCAUAUGAAACUGUAAGGGAUAAUAAUUUGUAUUAUAUUGAAAGUAUAUCAUUUGACAAAUCAUUACAUAAAGGCAGUCUUUUAAAGAACUGGUCUGAAAUACCUGGUCGCCCCGUCAGUCCAAAGCUUAUGGAAGAUUUUACCAUGGAUCUAAGUGAAAUAUUAUGUUCACAAGAAGAAUUAAAUAUACUUCUCAGCGGGCCAUUGAAAAAUGUAAAAAAAUUGAUAAGAAAUAAAGUAAAUCAUUCUCAAAAGAACAAAGAUAUUGAUGUUGCAGUUAUUGAUGAUAGUGAUAAUUUAACAGUAAAUAAAUCAAAAGAACAAGCUGUAUCAUCAAUCGCAAGGAGUUUGUCCCCAGACAUGUUUGAUGAUGAACCUACAUCCUUCCAAGAUAUGGAACCUGGUGUAAAUAAAGAUGACUAUCAAAUAGAAUGUGACAAUAAAUUACCUUCUGAUGAAUGUGCAACAUUACUUACUUCUACAGAAAAAGUACAAUCAACAGUAUCUGGUCUGAGUCAGUUUUCACAAAAAUGGGAUAUAACCAGGAGAAAGUCUAAUGAUGUCAUGGAGUUGACUGAAUGUGUGGGAGAAACAAUAAAUUCCAGUUCUGGUUGUACAACAAGAAAAGACGUUUCUAAAAGUAAAUUUGAUGAUUUUAUGGAACUAACUGAAUGUGUAAUAAAACCAAUUGUACACAUUGAAGGCAGUGUUGAUCUAACUCAAAAUUCUGAUGAAAACAUUAUACAAGACAAUCGAGUUAAUACCAAAGAAAAUAUUGAAAGUAUUGACUUAACUCAGUCUCCAAAUUCUAAUAACACUUUGCCUCUUGUCCAUGUAAGUGGUAAAAGAGGUGGCUCUUUAGAGGAAACAGUAAUUUUAAAUGACAAUAAAAUAAAUAGAAGUGAAACACUGACGCAACCAGAUGAUUUAAAAGAAGCUAUCUCUCAAAUUCAUGAGAAUCAAGACUUCACAUGUGAUUUAACUGCUAGAACAUCUCCAAAAAAAAGCAAAAGUGUUGAAGACUCAGUAAAUGAUAGUUUUUUUGAGGACUUUCUGUAUAAUCAUUCAAAUAGCCCUGAGCAAAAUGAAAAACCUGAAUUAGAAAUUAAUUGUGAAGCUGAAAUUGAUUUAACUCAAAGUCCAGAACAAGUGACUAACGUAUCUUCAAAUUACAGCACAAAUAAUGAGUCUCUUAAUUAUUUAGAUAUGAACGAUAAACCAGAAAUAGAUUUGACCCAAAGCCCAGAAUAUAUGAUUGAGAAAUCUAUAUCUGAAAGUGAACUGUCUCAAGAGUCAGUUGCAUAUAACGAAGCUACUAUUGACAAUAUUUAUACAGACAAAGUUGAAUUAUGUAACAAAAGUCUUGGUAAGAAAAACGAUGUUUCUAUAGAUUAUGACGAACUCAGUCAUAAAACUUUUAGCAUGAAUGAGACAAAUAUUGAUUUAUCUAUUGAUGUUAAUUCAAAAAGUUUAAGUCAACAUUCAGAAAUAAUGUAUACAUCCCAGAAAAGUCAUGAAGCUGAAGUGUUCGAAAUAUCUGAUAAUGAAUUAGACUAUUCAAUGCAUCAAAGCAGAUAUGAAGAUUGCUUUGGUGGUAUAUCUAUUGUUGAGAGCAAUACUGUAUCUAAAAGAAUUAGUAAUUACCAAAUGGAAAGUUUUGGUAACAAAACUGGAAGUGAAAGUUUCUUACCAGAAGUUAAUGUGAAACUGUCUAAGGAACCAUUGAGUUCCGUGCUUUCACCUGUAAGAAAUGAUAUUGAUAAGCCUUUUAAUUUACAAGAAGUCAAUUUAAAAAAUCAUGAAACUCCUAUAGAAACUUAUACAGAAGAGUCGCCUAUUAAAAAUAAUGUGUAUGAUAUUGUUAAAACUCCUAGUAAUAAUGAAUAUGUAAUGAAGACAGAUCAAGUUACUCCUAUUAGCGAUUAUGCUUCUAUGUCAACUCCAGAUAGAAAUAAGGAGUUGGAUAAAUAUGGACUAAAACCUCUCAAAAGGAAAAGAGCUAUACAAUUACUAACUCAUAUAUACAACCAAACUCAUCCAAUAGUUGAGCCGUGUACUUCGGAAGUGAUACAAUCGCCUACAAAAAAACGCAAAACUGAGACUACCCAGGUUAAUUCCCCUAGAAAAUCACCCAUAACUAAUACGCUAACAAGAGAAAAUAUUAUAGUAAAAAACCAGGCUUCACCAAAUAAAAGAAAAAUAGUAUCAAUAUCACCGAUAAAGAAUUGGAAUGAGAAUUAUGAAGUAAAAGAGAAUAUUUACGAAGUAACUAAUGAUUAUAUUGAAGUGAGGAACAUGGAAUGUGCCGAAGAAGACUGGGUUUUUCAGAAAAGAGAAAAAGCGAAGUUGCAUUCGUGUCGUGUCCCGUUACACAUAGCAUUCCACAACUAUGUGUCUCGCCGGCAGCGCUUGCAAGAAGCCAUAUUGCGAUACGAACCUAUUGAAAUCGAUGUCAUACAUAAGGACUUGGUUGCUGAUGGGCACAGAUACGAUCCUAAGGACCUCCUCAAGUUUUUGGACAAGAAAUGCAUUACAGUAAAGACUGCAGAUAACACUACUAAGAGUAACAGAAAAUGACAUAAGGAUAAAGUUAAAAUACAGUUUUAUCGUGUAAAUAAAAUAUGUUUAUUUAACUUUCUACAAUUUGUUUUAUUUUUUAUUUGAAUGUGAAUACAGAUGAUCAGUGAAAUGCGCAUAGAACCUAUGAAUAAA